AUGAGCAUCUGUAUCCCCACCUCCAAGAGAGAAAUGAAAAACGCCAAAAAAAAAAAAGAAACACGCCGAGGCCCGGGGAGACCCCCGGGGCGUCCCCUGCGCCCUCCCUCCGAAGGGGCCUUCAUCCUGAGCCUGGCCUUCGGGAGCCUGUGUGUGGCGUCACAGCGUUGCCGUGCUGACCCGUGUCCCUGGGCGGGCCCCUUCACCCCUGUAAGGAUGUGGGGUCUUAGCUCCCCGAUCAGGAACUCCCCUGCAUUGGAAACACCAAGUCUUCUCCCUGACCAGGAGCUCCCCUGCACUGGAAACACUGAGUCUUAA